UUUAAUCUUCUCUCUAACCACCAAACAUUCAUUCUGUCACCUCUUGUCCAAAGACCUCAAACCCAGCCAUCAUGUCUGACCAACCUACCCUCCGCCUAGCAACCCCCGAGGACGUCCCUCUCAUCCUCCAAUUCAUCCGCGAACUCGCCGACUACGAAAAAGCCCUCCACGAAGUCGAAGCCACCGAAGAGUCGCUUCUCGCGACGCUCUCCUUCCCCGACACCCCACCGCGGCGCGGCGCCGUGUACACCGCGCUGAUCACCCCGCCCAGCGCCCCCAAGCCCGUCGGCAUGGCGCUGUUCUUCUACAACUACUCGACGUGGCGCUCCGCGCCGGGCAUCUACCUGGAGGAUCUCUACGUGCAGCCCAGCGCGCGGGGGAACGGCUACGGGCUCAAGCUCCUCAAGUACCUGGCGGCCAAGGUGCUGGAGGUCAACGGGCGAAGGCUGGAGUGGAGCGUGCUGAAGUGGAAUGAGCCCAGUAUUAAGUUCUAUGAGCAGGUUGGGGCGGUCGGGAUGCAUGAGUGGAUGAAGAUGAUGGUGGAGGGGCCCGCGUUGGAUAAUUUGGCCCAGGGGGUGUGAGUUGUCUGUAUUGCGUUUGGUUUGCUAUUCCGGGAUAGAUUAAAAGGUUGGGUGUUGUUUUUGUUUAUCAUAUUAGGGUUUGAGGAAUGUUAGAGAUGUUCUAGCUUUAUUUGUAAGACAUACUGCGGGGUUGUAAGGGAGUUCGAAGAC